AUGAGUGUAUAUCUAAGUGUCCUUUUCGCACUCCUAACUUCAGAAAUGGCCGUUCUCUUCGUCCUGGUGCUGCCCCUCCACUACAAGAUCCGCAAGGCCGUUGUUGCUACGUAUGACCGCGCCAUGUCGACCACGCAGAUGCAGACGGUGAUCGUUAUCGUGGGCGCUCUGGUCGCACUGCUGUUCGUGGACUCCUGGCGUCGCGCCCAGAUAAGCGUGUUUUUGCAUCACCAUGCGUCCGCAGCGUCGAGCGCGGACCCCGCCGGCCAGGGCUCUGUCACGCCCAUCCAGGCGCUAGCCUCUCGCUCCUACAACCAGCGUAACAUUUACAUUUCAGGCUUCAUCCUGUACUUCAGUUUCUGCAUUCCCACGGUUAUGAGCGUCGUGCGGCGUCUGGUCAAGUACGAGACGCUCGUGCGCGACCAGCGCGCGAAUGCCAAGACGGCGGGCGCAGCUGCCGCUGCAGACGCCUCCAGCGUCGACGACAACGACGAGUACACCAAGCUCGAGAGGCAAUUGGCCCAGAAACGCGCCUCGCUCAAAGCCCUCAAGACCCAGAAGAAAAACCUGGAGGCGCACUUCGACGCCUCCGUCAAGGGCGACGAGCCCGCUGCCGAAACCAAGAAGCACAAUUAG